AUGAGCAACGAAGCAAGUGAUAUAUCGGUGACUGAUGAUGAUAUUAUCAUUGAGGAUGUGGAAACGGCCGAGGACGACGACGAGCUCAGCGAUGCCUUUGAAAGUCGCAAUAGUGAAGACUUAGAUCGGAGCCAUGAUGUUGGCCUGGAGUCAGAUGUGGAUGGAGAUGAGAUUGGUCAGUCGGCAAGCGGCAACAGCAAGAGCCUUUUCAAGCAAGCCUUAAAUAAAAGUCUGCGUAAUGAGGACAUUGUUGCCAAUUGGAUAACUCAUUAUGAGAGUGAUCCCAAUAAUGCUUUAGUCGCCUUUCUGGAAUUCGUGAUCGAGGCCAGUGGCAGUCACUAUAAAAUGCCCGAGGAUACCGUCUUAAUACUGGAAUCGUACACGGAUAUAUUAAUAGCCGGAACGACACACUUUUGUAAUUCUAGUAUCUAUCCUUUGACGAAGAAAUCAGGUUCUGAAUUUAUGAGAAUUUUGGAGAAAUUUGUGAAAUGCUUUUUUAUGACACUAGAUGCCACGACUAUUAUUAAUGAUGAUGUAUUUCUUGGCCAUGUGACUGGCUUUAUAAUGGCAUGUUCACAAUCCAAGGUACGUCCUUUCAGGCAUACGAGCACCUUGAUAGGUUUGAAAAUCUUGACAAUAUUGAAUGAUCUAACUGGCAUAGAAUUUGAGAAACGCAAGGCCCUCUGGCUAAAGAUGUUUGAAUGCGUCUUUCGGGGGCGUUCACGAGAUGUGGUCAAUAAUAUACGUUAUCUCUGCAUAACCGAAUGCUUCGUGUGGCUCGAAAGUUAUCCUAAAUCUUUUCUAAAGCCUAUGAAUAUUGACUACAUAUUUCAAGCACUUCGAGAUGAGUGCGGCAAAGUUAAAGAAUGUGCUAUAAAGGCCCUACAUGUGCUCUAUGCUAAGAGUGCUAUGCGUAAAGAUUGUUUGGAAGUAAGCAAGAAUUUUAUCAACGACUUAUUGGCCAUAAUUCAUGAAAAGGAGAAUGAAUUGGGCGAAAAUGCGAUCAAAUUGUUAGAGAAAUUCUGUAGGUCUUCAUCGCAUAUGCUGGACGAAUCGCAAUAUCUGCUUAUGGAGCCGCUUAUAUUCGCCGCCAAUCGUGGUCUCGCUCAGGCUGCAGCGAAAAUGUUUCAAUAUCGUCGGCUUAUGGAUGAAAAUUAUCCACCGGAACGUCAUAUAUGCAUAUUUAUUGAAUUCUUUCAUGAAUUUGGCCAACACGAGCACGCUGCAUAUUUGGUAGAUGCUUUCAUUGAUUUCAAUGCCAGCAUUCUAGAUUGGUCCAUUAUGGUUCAGAUGUUAAUUCAACAACCCAGUGCAAUGGAAGCACCUGCCAUAUCGACGCUUAUCGAGAUUCUAACACGCGGUGUCGAACAAGCCGUAACAGGAAAGAUACCAGCUGGACGAUAUACCAAGACUUUGGAGAGAAAACCCAAAGCAAAUGCUCAGACCUUAGCCACUAAAGUUCUGGCCCCAGUAAUGACUCAAUUACUUGCCAAACAUGGCAGUCGCAGUGAGAAUCUUGUAAAUCUAUUGCAACUUCCUCAAUAUAUCAAUAUUUUGCACUAUGAAAUUAACGAUAAUCGAGAGCAACUUGAUCAACUGAUGGAGUUAAUAGAGCAAAUCAUAUUUCAUAAUGAAAAUAUAUCCGUUUUACGCGUGGCUGCUGCAACUCUGGAAUGUAUCUAUCAAAUACCCUAUACGACGGCACAUAGCAAGGAGUUGCUUACGAAGACCGUCAACAAUUACGAAAGUGCAUAUCUAUCUUGGGAGAAUUCCAGUCAGAGUCCACAACGUCUGCUGAUCUCACUACGUGUUCUGUCCUCUUUGUAUGGUUAUUUUGAUCUGAAGGACUGGAAUAUUGCUGAUACCGUUUGCGUACGACUGCAGAAUCAAAACCUACCCGAUGAAGCUGUAGAACUUCAUUUGGAACUUGGCUUUAUCAGUCUCAGUUGGGACCUAAAGACCGUCAAUUCGUUGGCAUUAGAUAAUGUGGACGUAGAAGACUUGUGUAUUGGCUUGAAAGAAAAUUUAAAUGCAUUUUUCUAUGCCUCAUUAACGGUGAUAGAAAACAAUUCGAAUCUAACCAUUACUGCUAAUGCUUUUGCUUUUUCCUGCGACUUGUUAGUUCUAUUUGGUGAUCAAUUGCGUCAGAAUACUAAUCAAUCGAUUCGUUCCUUGCAAUAUCAAUCGACUGUCAAUGAGUUUGAGUUCUUUGAUAGCUUUGUAACGCGAAAUGUAUUUCACGAAUUGCCUACACAGGAUUCGUUUGAUGAUCUGCAGACAAAGAGGCGCAUAUUGGGUGGAUACUGCAAACUUGUGUCCUUUAAUUUAAUGCCCACAAUGCGGGCUAGCAUAAUAUUUCAGCACUAUCAUCGGUUUUUUGAGUUCUUUGGCGAUAUCUUGAAUGCAACCAUGGAACAUGCCUCAAAAAUUAAUAUUAUUAACUAUGGCAUGACAAUAUUGCAUACUUGUCUUUGUGUCUACAAAAAGAUAAAGGAAGCAAAUGAUGGAGUUUCUAGUCACAUCACACAGUCAACUGAAUUCAUAGAGUUGAUUCAAUUGGCCAGGCGGUUGGCCGACACAUUUAAUUUGAAUCUCUUAAAGAAUCGCUCUGGUGUUGUCACACUUCAUCGCGCUGGCAUAUUAUUUGUCUCGGAAAUCGCACCCGAUAGGCCAACUGCUGCUCCCGAUAAUUUACCAUUUUUACGUAUUUUGGAAGAAUUCGUUCCCCAACUUUUGUCCCAGGAUAAAUUAGAUAUUUUAAACUUUUUGGAAUGCAUUGAAGAACCGGCAUUGCCAUCAUGUAGUCCUGAGGAUUGGCAACCUCUAACAAACUAUCGCAUGGCUCUGGAAAUGGCCCUGAAAAAAAGUUGUCGUCGUCGCGAGUUUAAUGAACGAAUAACAAUGGGACAAGUUGAAUAAAUAAAAUUAAUACAAACCAAGUAAGAAUUCAAUGAUGAAGAAGGAUUCCUGGCGAAAUGAAAAUAAGAGCCAAUUUUCAUUAUAAAUGAAAAUAAAUACAUAGAAAAUCUUGGGUC